AUGGUUCCAGCACAGCGCGGACAUGCCACGACAUUGGCAACCACUGCUAUUUCCCCGGUCGCAGGAACAACAACAACCACAUACUCGGGCUCCACAAUUCCGCUGCCCGUCGCGCAGCGAAAACACAACAAUGCUGCGGGCUUCGUCCCGUCGCAACCACGGCAGCAAGGAUGGGUCAAUGUCAAGGAGGGGAGCAUUUUGACUGCCUGGAGAGAGAGGCACAUGGUUUUGAAAAAGGCAUGGAUCGACUUUUGCAAGACAGAGGGUGGGAAACCCACGUAUACGCUCCUGCUGGCUGACGUGGUCAGCGUCGGCCGAGUCGAGACCGGCACCCCCAUCCUGGAGGUGAAGAGAAGGGCGAGCGGGCAAUCGUCCAGUCCUGGCGAAAAGGACGGCGACCUGCGCAUCUUGCAGGUCAAGACGAGGACCGAAGACGAGCUCUACACCUGGAUCGACUCCAUCUACAUGGCAUGCCCAGGUCUCGGUGGCGUAAGCAAUCCCACCAACUUUUCGCACGCCGUGCACGUCGGGUUCAAUGCCAUGACCAAGGAGUUUGUCGGACUGCCGCAUCAAUGGGUUCAGCUCUUGAGCGCUUCCGCCAUCACCAAGGAAGAUUAUGCGCGCAACCCGCAGGCCGUCAUUGAGGCAGUUGACUUUUAUGCGGACCUUACCAAAAUGUCGGACAAUCCAGAAGAGUUCUUGGCGCUGUCUCCAACGUCGGCGGCCUGGUUACAUGAAGAGCUGGAGGAGCAGAAUUUCGAACCGAUUCCGCCGCAUUCCUCGGACAUGGAAGGCACGGGCCUGGUACCGGCACCCCUUCGACCAAAAAACGUUGGUCCCCCACAACCCGUUCCCGGCAGACCCUCGGGUCAGCAGGAUGAACUGAGGACAGAAGACCGAAGCAAGAACAGAGACAGAGCGCCCCACGAAACCCUCGGAAACCCUGCCAUCAAACCCCCCCCGGAUGGUUCAAGUGACGCUCGCGGAACCGCCCCGGGUAUGCAGCCUUUGCGGAAGGCGCCAGCUGCACCGAAAGCUGCCAGGAUUCCUGCCGGGCCAACGUCGGACGCAAAUAGUCAACCUCCGGCUGGUUCCGUGGCCGCAUUGACCACUGUCCCGGCCGCGAAGGAGGUGCCGCAAGACAAUCUGGUGCCGAAUGCUGCAGUGACGGCGAUCCCCGUUCCGUCGAAACGCCGUCAAGCGAUUCGACACCUGACCACGUCCGAAGCCGACUUGAUCUCCAGGCUUCAGAGGGUCGUGUCCACGGGAAAUCCAGACGAGUCCUACUCGAGGCAAAAGAAGCUGGGUCAGGGUGCAUCCGGCUCCGUCUAUGUAGCUAAAAUCAAAGACGGCGCCGUGGGGAUUGCUCGAGACGUGGUGGAGGAGCGCGGCCCAGGUACUCGUGUAGCUAUCAAGGAGAUGAACCUGGCUCGUCAGCAACGCAAGGAGCUUCUUGUUGACGAGAUUAUGAUAAUGAGGGACAGCCGACACGAGAACAUUAUCAACUUCCUCGAGGCAUUUCUGCUGAACGACAAUAGGCAGCUAUGGGUGGUGAUGGAUUACAUGGACGCCGCUUUGAACGACGUCAUUGAUCGCAACCCGGAAAUUCCCGAACGGCACAUGGCUACUAUUUGCAGGGAGGUCUGCAAAGGGCUGCAGUAUCUUCACCAGAGGCGCAUUAUCCACCGAGACAUCAAAAGCGAUAAUGUUCUCAUGGAUCGGGGGGGGAACAUCAAGAUCACCGACUUUGGGUUCUGCGCCAAGCUCACCGAGCGGCGGUCCAAGCGGGCCACCCUGGUCGGCACCACGUACUGGAUGGCACCGGAGGUUGUUCGCCAGAAAAAGUACUGCUUCAAGGUUGACGUCUGGUCACUGGGGAUCAUGGCCAUUGAGAUGGCCGAGCUGGAGCCUCCGUACAUGGACGAGGAGCCCCUGAGGGCCUUGUAUCUAAUCGCCACGGCGGGGACGCCUCCGUUGCGGAACCCGACCAAGCACAGCCCGAUCCUAAAGUCGUUUCUGGCGAGAUGCUUGCGCGUGGAGGUGCAACAGCGGGCCUCUGUCGACGAGCUGCUGGCGCACGAGUUUGUCAGGUCUGGGGGAUCGGUGAGCGAGCUGGGGGAGCUGCUGGACCUGAAGAUGUAG